AGUUUGGCAAAUAUCCUGGUAAUUGUCUGAUCAUAAUUUCAUUGUUAGUCCCUUUCAUUUUGGUGAAGGAUAUGGACAUAUGAAUCAUCGGCGUCAACAUCAAGAAAUGCCACUAUCUAUUGUGGGGCAGAAAUCAUGGCACUUGAAUGGGAUUCCAAAUCUGAUCGUCUGCUCCUCAUAGGUACAGCUGAUGGAGGCAUAAAAGCAUGGAAUGCUGAUGCAAAGCGUGUUGUCUGUGAUCUUAAAGGCACUACAGAAUUCACAAGUGUACUGGACCUAAAAUGUAGUCCCGUGGAGCCCAUUUUUGUGUCUGCGGCAGCAUCUACAAGGCCUGGUUCUGUGUAUUUCGGCAAAUUAGGUUAUGCUUCUUUAACAGUUUGGAACAUGAGGGCAUGGAAAUCCAUGACAGUCCUUCCCCUCGGUGAAGAUCCACCUGCCAUUACUUCGUUAUGUUUUAAUCACAAUGGAAAGCUCUUAGCAGCAGCAGCCACAGAUGGAAUGAUUCAUAUGUUUGAUAUGUCUGCUGGUCUGCAAAUCACUGGGUGGCCAGCACAUGAUUCUGCAAUUAGUUCUGUUUUAUUUGGGUCUGAUGAGACAAGCAUCUUCUCUCUGGGUGAAGAUGGAAAGAUGUUCGAGUGGAGUUUGCAGAACCAAGGUAGAGUACUCUGGUCGAGAAAUUGCAACAGGUUCUGCAACCUUCAAAGUGAUAUGAUGUAUAAGCAAGAAAUGGCCUUAGAUGGCAAUGGGAAUCGACUCCUGAUCUCAUCGAAUUCACUAAGAGCACCUAUUUAUCAGGUUGUACGCGGCAUGGGUGGUGGGAUGAGAACUCUACCUCACAGUGCAUCUAUAACAACUGUGGAUUGGCAUCCAACGCUGCCUAUUUUUUUGACUGGAUCGGCAGAUCAAUCUGUUCGGGUCACCUCGAUAUUGUGAUCGGUUCUUUUUUUUUCCUUCCCCCACACCUUAUUCUUGAGGAUGCACUACAGAGAAUUUGCAUGAAGGGGAUGGGAGUGAAACACAGUUACUUUUGCUCUUUCAAUUUACUAUAUGUCCCUUGUUUCUCUCUGCUUUGUUUUAUUUGUUUCGUUUUUGCACUUAACCUAUAUACCAGCCAAUGUAAGGACCAUAUUGGGGUCUGGGGCGGAGUUUGUAUACUAUCCAUCCGGUUGUAAGUGUGCAUUGAACGUUGGGAGCCCCGAUCUCUAUAAAAUUUACACGCACUU